AUGAAUAUGUUUUUUUUAUUCAUAAAAAUUUUUAUUUUUUCCAUUUUCACUAUAAACCUUAAAUUAACUAAUAGAAAUGAUUAUAAUAUACCCUACAAAGGAAAAAAGAAUCUCCUAGGAAAAAGAUUAGGUUUAAUAUCAUGUAGAACCUUAACAGAAGUUUAUGAUGCCUUUAACGAUGCAACAGUAAAAAUGCUAGAUAUUAGUUUUGAUUCUUCGAAAGCGAGUACCACAAAAACUCGAAGAUUUAUUCAUGACAGAUAUUCAACAGCACCAUAUGAAUUAAUAAAGCGUAAACCCAAAAAAAAAAAAUCUCCAUUUUCUAAAAUGAAGGUGAAAUUUGUAAGAUAUUUUCAAAAAAUUAAUUAUAUAUUAAAUGAAAUAUUAUAUUUUUUUAUGGAUAACACAAACUGCUUUUUUUUACCAACGAAAUAUAUAUUAGCACCAUUUGUUUUCACAUUCAAAAUUCUUUAUGACAUUAUAGCUUUUAUAGCAAUUGUUUUUAUCUUGGUAAUCAUAAUUAUUUAUACACUCAUAAAAAAAAUGUGUCUAAGAAUGCAUUAUAGUGAUAGUAUGCAAAAUUUAAGAUCAAGGAAGAAUCAUGAAGCCAAGGUUAAAAUAUACAAACCCGAAGCAUGA